UAUUCAGUGGGGUGAGCCUGUCAUCCCCUCCCCUUGGCUUCCCAGACACUGACUCUGGAAUGAAAAUUCACCUGCCUCUGAGUUGGCUACUUGUGGGGGAAGGGGUGUUAGUUGGGCUCCCAGGUUGGAAGAUUAUCUCACCCAACCCAAGCUAUAUAAGCCAACCGGUGUGGAGGGGCUCAGCAGGGCCAGCCCCAGAAACUCAUUGCCCAGGAGGAAAACAGACAUUCUCCAGCCAACAUGAUGGUCCUGAAGGUAGAAGAUCUGGUCACAGGGAAGAAGAACAGCAAUGGGGAGACAGAAUUCCUCCCUGAGGACUUCAGAGAUGGAGAGUAUGAAGCUGCUGUAACCUUAGAGAAGCAAGAGGAUCUGAAGACACUUCCAACCCACUCUUUGAGUGUGGGGGAGCAACAGUGGAAAAGGGAGAAGGAACGAGAGGCAGAGCUCAAAAAGAAAAAACUAGAACAGAGGUCAAAGCUUGAAAAUCUAGAAGACCUUGAACUAAUCAUUCAACUGAAGAAAAGGAAAAAAUACAGGAAAACAAAAGUUCCGGUUGUGAAAGAGACAGAACCGGAAAUCAUCACAGAGCCUGUGGAUGUGCCUAGGUUUCUGAAGGCUGCUCUGGAGAAUAAACUGUCCGUGGUAGAAAAAUUCUUGUCCGACAAGAACGAUCCAGAUGUCUGUGAUGAGUAUAAACGGACAGCUCUUCAUAGAGCAUGCCUGGAAGGACAUUUGGCAAUUGUGGAGAAGUUAAUGGAAGCUGGAGCCCAGAUUGAAUUCCGCGAUAUGCUGGAGUCCACCGCCAUCCACUGGGCAAGCCGGGGAGGAAAUCUGGAUGUUUUAAAAUUAUUGCUGAACAAAGGAGCAAAAAUCAGCGCCAGAGAUAAGUUGCUCAGCACUGCGCUGCACGUGGCGGUGAGGACCGGCCACUACGAGUGCGCGGAGCACCUCAUCGCCUGCGAGGCGGACCUCAACGCCAAAGACAGAGAGGGAGACACGCCCCUGCAUGACGCUGUGAGACUGAAUCGUUACAAGAUGAUCAGACUCCUCAUUAUGUAUGGCGCCGACCUCAGUAUCAAGAACUGUGCUGGGAAGACCCCGAUGGAUCUUGUGCUGCACUGGCAGAAUGGAACCAAAGCAAUAUUCGACAGCCUCAAGGAGAACUCCUACAAAGCUUCUCGCAUAGCUACAUUCUAAGGAAAUGACGGAGUCUUCCAGCAGUAGCUGUUCACUGGUACUUCGAAGGCACAGCCCCAAAGAAGAGCGCUUAGCCACAAAAGCCAGCUUCCGUUUCUCAAACUGUUGUGAAGAUGUAUCUCAUGAAGAUUCAAGAAAGCACAGGGCUUAUAGGUAUUUCCAUUUUCUUUAGUGACGCACACUCCAUUUUUAUUUAUUCCUAUUUAUUAACUUGGGAAAGGCUGAUAUUCAGACCUCUGUGAGCAUCUAUCUGGUGAGCAAAGCUUAAUUUGCAUGGAACACUUUCAGGACCUUCCCAUAGAUGAUUCUUAAACCACGGGAAUGAGCAGUGCUCUAAGUGUCCACUCCACUCACGUAAGCUAGUUCGAGACCGAGGUGAUUCUAAAAGACAGAGGUGAUUCUUGCAGCCCUCUUUCCUCCUGAAUUUUUAUUGCUGAAGUUUGAAUGAAACAGUGGCAGGUAUGGGGAAGUAGGAAAGGAGACAACAGAAAGUGAUUCUGUGACAAGGACACAGGCCCAUUUACCCCGGGCCAGAUUUUGUUUGUGAAGUUGGGAAGGGUACCAAGGUGGGGAGACGUCAGGGGUA